AUGAAGUUUCUUCAGGUUCUCGCUUUUGCCGCAUCGGCUAGUGCAGCCGUUGUCUUCCCAAGGGCCGAUGAUGCUUGUAACAAGGAUAACUGCUUGAAUGCUGUUAUUAAGAAUGACCCGGCCGUUACUUCCAUGCGUUUCGCAGCAUGCGAAUCUUAUGUUGCAUCUCAAACGAUCACAUCGCUUGUCUAUGUAACCACCUCACACACGGACACAAUCACUAUCACAGCAUCGACAACUCUACCCAAUGUGCUCAAACGUGACGUUCCAAUUCCUACCUGGGCAGCCAACUGCCAGAGCAAAAACGGAGUUCCAGCUGAAAUCCGCUUUUCUAGCGCAUGUUCAUGCUACUUCAAAAGCUUUUCGAGGGCCCCGGUGACAAUGCCGACGACCAUUCAGACCGUUAGUGCUGUUUCGUCGUUCGCUACGACCAUUACUACCGUAGAAACACACUUCACCCCUACUCCUACUAAGGUGUACAUCAAAGCUACAGACGUCGGCCGCUCCGAAAUGGUAGAAGAAGAGCCUGUGUUUACGCCGAGUGAGGAGUGGGAAGGGGCCUACCUAAAAUUGAAUACGGAUGGGGCCUUUCCCAUCUUCGGUCUUACCAAGGUUGUGGGCGAGGCUACUACCUUUUAUGUUAGACAGAAGACGUAUUUCGAAUAUACAGUCAGACGUAUCUACUUGGAUGCCAAUGCCCAAACCCAUCAAUUCAGUAUUGGUGCUCCGAACGAGGAAGAGGAAGACUCAUUCUUUGGGCCUCUGGUAGCUCCCACAAAACCAUAUGCUCAGGGCGUAAGGCCUAUGGCAUUGGGUACCCCCCAGGGAGGUGACCCUGAGUGGGUCGAAGAUGUAGUAUAUGGGGAGCCCGCUCGGUUUUUCUUCUUUGAAGAGGAUAUCGUGGGAGGAAUGCUUUUCGGCAAUCAGGGUGAAGGGUUCCCUGAUGGGGGUCCCUUACCUUAUCAGCUCAAUCUUGCCGUAGAAGUAAUCACACCACCGGCACCUUAG